UCAGGUUCAACGACGCUCCGCUCCGCACGCGCUGCCUCGAAUUCUUCAGUGCUGCUGAAAAAGCAAGACGCGUCUUUUUCGGCCAAAAAUCUUCGUAGUGCGUUUGCAGACUCCCGCCCCCACCCCCCGCUGGCGCUCUCUCUCACCUCACCUCUCGCCCCGCUCACUCUCUCUCUCUCCCCGAAGAGAGUUUCAGUGGUUGGUUUUCGAUUCGGUGGUUCGGUUCGCUGCUGCCGAAGCUCUGCCGACGCCGACGACGACGCCACGUCGGGAAAACCAACCUCUUGCAGUGGAAAUCUUUUCGUACGUUUUCGUUAUUUGUUAUUCGCACGUUGACGCGACGAGACCGCGAAACACGACAAAACUGCAAGCAGCAAUUGCAACUGUAACGGCAACAGCGGCAAUUAUGAUCGCGCGUGCAACAGCAAUACAUUAAGUGGCAAGCCCUUCAAAUGAAAUAUAUGUAACCCAAAAUAUCCAAAACUAAACUUGCCAAAAUCAGUUAAAACCAAGUGAAAAGUGUGUGUCUUACAACCCAUUAAAUAAUAUAAAUCAAUUAAAGCCGAGCAAACAACACACAAUAAGCCAAACACGCAAACGCAGCAUAAGCACAAAUAAUACAUAGAAAAAGUGUGAUAUUUUGAUAUUAGCAAUUAGAGUUUACACAACGCAGCCUAAAAAAUAUUUGUUAAAUGUGUUUGCCCCCCGCAAGGCAAAAAUUGAAAAUUGGAUAAUGCUUGGAUAAUUCCCCUCCUACAAAAAAACCAAAAAAAAGAAAAGACUAUGCCAGAUCUGCAGCGAUUGGACUCGGCCACCAUCUAAAUCAAAGAGGCCACACGGUCUCGCCAGUUAUCCCGCAAGAAUCCCAGCCCACGCAGGCUGGAAUACUUGGGGCCGGAUCCGUCAAGGUCAUUGAAGUUGCCACGCCCCCAAACCGCAACCCAAUCCCAGCCAGAAGCCUCCAAUCCGCAGGAGACGCCGCCGCCGACGCAGCUGAAGCCACAAAAAGUUGACCUCAUGACGAUGGCAGAAGGCACCGACCCCAUGGGGCAUGGUCACCACACGAAUCCGCACAAUCCUCCGCCCCAGCCGCCGCAGCACCACCCGCACCACCUGCCCCUGCCCCACCCGCCGCCGGCCCCGCCCCCACAGCUCCUCAAUUUCAAUCACCACCAGCAGCAGUAUCUUCCGCACAUGUAUCCUGCGCCCGCUUCGGCGGCCCAAUCUCACUCCCACUACGGCGGCAUGCAGUAUCCGCAUCCGCAUGCCCUGCAGCAGCACCACCAGCAGCAACAGCACCACCACCACCAUCCCCACCAGCACCACCUGCCACUGGCGCUGAGCCUGCACCAACAGGCGGCGGCUGCGGCGGCGGUGGCUGCGGCGGUGGCCACCAACCACUCCAAUAACAACAACCAGGCCAGUGUGGCCAAUAACAAUAUAGUGGUUCCAUGGAAGCAGCGUAAGCGCAAGCGACUCUCGGCGGUGCUGGACAAACUGCACCACCAUAAUAAUAACAAUAACAAUGAGACCCACUCCAAUGGUCUCGCUUGCAAGGCGGAACCCAUGGAAAUGGAGGAGGAGAUGGCCGAGGACCAGGAACAGGAUGAGGAGGAUCAUGACGAAUCCAUACCCGAUGAGGAGGAUGAUGAUCAGGAGGAGGAUCCCGGCAAGUACAUCAAAAGCGAGCAGCCCGUCAGCGAGGACGAGGAGAACGAACCGGAAAUGGACAACGAGAACGAGGACAUUUCCGGCGAGGAUCUCGAGCUGUCGCACAGCGAUGAUAACGAUCAGGAUAGCCCCAGGAUCAGCAUGAGUCCCCUGCAAUUGCAGGCCUCCCAGAGCAAUCUGCCUCAAGAUCAGAAUCAAGCAAUCAACAAAGAGAACCCGCUGCAUGUGGACAUCAAGACUGAGAUCCCCAGCCCCUAUGAUAGGUAUUUCCCGAUACCAUCUCCUCUCUUUGGCUACUACCUGCACACCAAGUAUCUGAACGAGGUGUUCCGCCGGCGUCACGAUUUCUAUCCCUCGCCCCUGCAGCACACCCCAUCUUCGAUAGCCUCCGAGACGGAGACUUCGCCCACUUCGCAGGAGCGCAAGAGCAACUCCAAUCAUCUUCUGCCCCAUGCCCUGUUGGCCAAUAACUCGCCGCCGCCAUCGCUGCCAUCGCCACCGCGCAGUGAAUCCUCGGUGAGCAAUAGUGUGGCCACCACCACCACCACUACCACAACCACCAAGAAGCGCACCAGUCCCAAACCCAGGGGCAAGAAGGGCGAGAAGAAGCCGAUGCCGCCGCCGCAGGAGCGUCCUUUGGAUCUGUGCAUGCGCAGCGAGGUGGAGACCAAGAAGUACAAAAAGUCCAACUCGAAAUCCUCUCAAGAAUCCCGCUCGGCGGCCAUGAUGCCACCACCGCCGGCUCUGAGUGCGGCCAGCAGUUUGGAGAGCAUGAGUGCCCUGUCCCCGGCAUCGAGUAGCCACUCGGGUCACAUGCCCAUCACCACCGCUGCCACGCCCAAUCACCAGCCUCCGCCCAAUUCCCCAUAUGCCAAUGCCAUGAACGCUGCCCAAGCAGCGGCAGCGGCGGCGGCGGCAGCGAUGAUCAAGAUGGAGAUGCCAUUGCAUCCGCUGCACCACCAGCAGAUGCACCACUCGCAGGUGCCCACCACCACGGUGGGUGUGCCGGUGAUCAAGGGCGAUGUGGCCUCGCCCACAACCAAGGAGACGGUGGCCUGGCGAUACAACUUGGAUGUUUCGCCCGUUGUGGAGGAGAUGCCGCCGGGUUCGGAUGUGGCCUACGUUUGCCCCACCUGCGGACAGAUGUUCUCGCUGCACGAUCGCCUGGCCAAGCACAUGGCCUCGCGUCACAAGUCCCGGAAUCCCGCCAACGAUAUUGCCAAAGCCUAUUCCUGCGAAGUGUGCCGGCGAUCCUUUGCCCGCUCCGACAUGCUGACCCGCCACAUGCGCCUGCACACGGGGGUCAAGCCGUACACGUGCAAGGUGUGCGGCCAGGUGUUCUCCCGCUCGGACCACCUGUCCACCCACCAGAGGACCCACACCGGCGAGAAGCCCUACAAGUGUCCGCAGUGUCCGUAUGCGGCAUGUCGCCGGGACAUGAUCACCAGGCACAUGCGGACCCACACGCGAUACGACUCCAGGGGCGGAUCGCGGGAGGGCAGGGAGGGGCGCGAAGGACGCGAGGGCAGGGAGAGCCGCGAAUCACGCAGGAGCGGCGAUAGAAUGGAGGAGCCCAAGUCGCCCAGUUCACAUCCACUGCUCGACAUGAAGAUGAACAUGAACAUGGGCAUGGGAAUGGGCCUCAACAUGGGCCUGCCCAUGAAUCCGAUGAGUCUGCUGCAGGAGGAACUGCUGCAGAAAUCCCAGCCUGGCCUGACCCUCGGCGGACCCAUGCCUCUGGUGGUCAAGACGGAAAGCGCCUAACGGUAUCUAUAUGCAGCAGCAUCCAGGCGAUUUAUGACCUGUUAGGUAGGCAACGUCAUCCAUUGACGGGCCCAGCUUAGUGCUACAAAAAAGAAAAUCUAAAAAAACAACAAAACAAAACAUAUUAACUAGAGCAGUUUGUACUUGUACCGGAAAUCUCUGCGAAGACUGAGGAACCUUAAUACUACCUACAGUUUAAAUAGGCUAAAGAACCAUCAACUAAUUUUUUAAAAGACACAGAGGGCUGCACUCAAGACCACCCAACGUAUUAGCACUUAAACUAGUUCUAGUUGCUAGAUCCCCUCGCGUUAAAUGAACCCCCAGGAGUUUAGAUAGCCGGGAUCUUCGAUACAGCUAGCAAUUCCAUGUUCCACACUUAGGCUAUACUAUAUAUAUAUACAUGAUAUAUAGGCGGUCAGAUCCCCCCGAUGAUCUGAUCUCUCAGCAUUUUGAGCAACGUUGAAAUUAUUAAGCUAGACUCGCUACAUAGGCUAAUAGGAAAUGCCACAUCGGCAGUCGGCGUUAGAUUCGUACUCCUACUUUUAAUUAACUCUUAAUUUAUUUGUAACAUUACUCAGCAGCAUGUAAACUUAUACCACAACAGUUUGUAUUAAUUUAAUUUUACUCUAUUUUAUUUAAUUUAAUUGUAGCCUACAUGAAAACACAAACAAAAGACAAAGAAUUCUCCCUAGGGCUCAAAAAAAAAACAAAAACAACAAACACACAAAACAAACUCAUUUGUAUGGAAAUCUUAAAAGAAAAGCUAACGCUAAACAAACAAAAAAACAAUUCCUUUUUUUUGUUCAACAAAAACACUGUUAAAUUUAAAUUAUCUUUGUAAUUGAUUUUAUGCUCGCUUUUCUACUAUUUUACUACUUUUUGUUUUCAUGAAAUGAAAUAAAAACCUUUAAGUUUUCUUUAGUUCAUAAACCAUCUUUGGAUUGGACACACCUCACCCCUCUCCGAUCCCCCAGGUGUGGACAGGUUAACCCGUUUGUCCCCCCGGGGUCGGAAAUUCCCUUCGGGGUCGUUUCCAUGUUUCAAGUUGAAGUUUUUCGUUAUUUAUUAUAAAAAAAAAAGAAACAAAGCCCCGACUCCCGCUUAUUGAUUAUUAGUUCUUAGCUAAACGUUUAAAUAAAUUAUUAACUUAUGUUAUUCUAGUUGGUUAUGAUUAGCUCCUAGUUAAAAACGUUUUUCACAAAAUAAAACAAAACAAAGUCUACACACAGAUGGACAAUGUCAAACAAAACAGAA